UAAGUGAUAACUUUAAUCUUGGCCACAGGUGUAGAAAUCACAAAUGUCGUCAAAGGAUGGAAGAUUCAGAAAUCGAGACAGGCACUACGAUGAGGUCCCAAGGGACUCGGCCUAUGAAGAUGGCACCAUAAAAACCCUUCAGACUCUUCGUGACAGUGAGCUGGCUGUGAGCGCUGAUCCUUUGCCACCACCCCCUCUCCCAUUACAGCCACCAUUCGGCCCUGACUUCUACUCAAGUGACACAGAGGAACCGGCCAUAGCACCAGAUCUCAAACCUGUUAGGCGCUUUGUCCCUGAGUCCUGGAAGAACUUCUUCAGAGGGAAGAAAAGGGACCCAGAAUGGGAUAAGCCGGGGUCAGACAUCAGAUACAUCUCCGAUGGAGUGGAGUGCUCACCUCCAGCCUCUCCAGUGAGACCAAACCAUCAUUCACCCCCCAACUCCUACAAAGAUCCUUACGGAGGGUCACAAGGAACCUACAAUUCCCGGAAAGAGGCUGAAACGAUGCUUCCCCAGGAUCCCUAUGGAUCUCUGGGCCGACACACUCAAACAGCUCUAACGUACAGUGAGAAGGUGGAGGCGUAUAACCUGAGGUAUUCCUACAUGAAGUCGUGGCCUGGUCUGCUGAGGAUUCUGGGUGUGGUGGAGCUGCUGCUGGGGGCAGGCGUCUUCGCUUGUGUCACCGCUUACAUUCACAAGGACAGUGAGUGGUAUAACAUGUUUGGAUAUUCCCCGCCCACUGCCAUGGGAGGCAUUGGUGGCCUGGGCAGUAUGUAUGGGGGCUAUUACUACAGCGGCCCCAAAACUCCUUUUAUACUCGUGGUUGCUGGAUUAGCUUGGGUAACCACCAUUAUUAUUCUGGUUCUUGGCAUGUCCAUGUAUUAUCAGACCAUUCUUUUGGACUCUAACUGGUGGCCCCUAACUGAAUUUGGAAUUAAUGUUGCCUUGUUUAUUCUGUAUAUGGCUGCAGCCAUAGUCUAUGUGAACGAUAUCAACCGAGGUGGACUCUGCUACUAUCCAUUAUUUAAUACACCAGUGAAUGCAAUGUUCUGCCGGGUGGAAGGAGGACAGAUAGCAGCGAUGGUCUUCCUAUUUGUCACCAUGAUUGUUUAUCUCAUUAGUGCUUUGGUUUGCCUAAAGUUAUGGAGGCAUGAGGCAGCUCGGAGACAUAGGGAAUACAUGGAACAACAAGAGAUAAGUGAGCCGUCGUUUCCAUCGAAAAGGAACAUGUGUGAAGCAGCCAGUGGGGACAGGAAGAGAGACCCAGAAGUUCAUUUCAAAGAAUUGAGAGCAACAAAAAUGAAACCUGAAGUACUGAGUGGACACAUCCCCUCAGGCCACAUUCCUAAGCCUAUCAUGUUGCCUGACUAUGUGGCAAAGUACCCUGUGAUUCGGACGGAUGAGGAGCGAGAGCGCUACAAGGCUGUGUUCCAGGACCAGUUUUCAGAGUACAAAGAGCUCUCCGCCGAGGUCCAGGCCGUCCUGAGGAAGUUCGAUGAGCUGGACGCAGUGAUGAGCAGGCUGCCGCAUCAUUCGGGAACCCAGCAGGAACAUGAGAGAAUUUCAAGAAUCCAUGAAGAAUUUAAGAGGAAAAAGAAGGAUCCUACGUUUCUGGAAAAAAAGGAACGCUGUGAUUAUCUAAAGAAUAAACUUUCCCACAUAAAGCAAAGAAUUCAAGAAUAUGAUAAAGUGAUGAAUUGGGAUGUACAAGGUUAUUCUUAAACCUUAUUUGAAACCACUUUUUUAUAUCAAACAAUAUUUAUUUACUGUCUUUUUUUAUGUUAGUCUCUGCAAUAUUCAAGAAGCAGGUGCUUCCUGAAUCAGCUUCUAGUUGGUUUAGUUGGUCUGCGAUGUUAAAACAAUCUACUUUUACAUCAAACAUUUCAGAAAAAUUUCAAAUUUACUAACAAUGGAAGACAUCCUGUAUCCAUCCGUGUACAGUUUGUGUUUAUCUUGUUGAAAUUAAAAGCGAUUUAGAGAUCCGUC